AUGGCUCAGUCAUUGCAGCACUUCGGCCGAGGUGCCAUCCGGGUGGCCAAAAACUACACCAAGGGCUACAGUGACACGCAGACCAAGGUCCGCGAUGCCACGUCCAACGACCCUUGGGGCCCGUCGGGCACCCAAAUGAACGAGGUUGCCCAGCUCACCUACAACCAGGGUGACUUUGUCGAGAUUAUGGAGAUGCUCGACAAGCGUCUCAACGACAAGGGCAAGAACUGGCGUCAUGUGUUCAAGGCUCUGACGCUGCUCGACUACUGCCUGCACGCCGGCAGCGAGAACGUUGUCAUCUACUUUAAAGACAACCUGUACAUUGUCAAGACGCUCAAAGAGUUUGUCUAUGUCGACGACCAAGGGAAAGACGUCGGCCACAAUGUCCGUCAAAAGGCAAAGGACAUUACCAACUUGCUCCAAGACGAGGAGCGUCUGCGCGCCGAGCGCCGCCAGCGCGGUGCCAUGCGCGACCGUAUGCUCGGCAACAUUGCCGAUUCGGGUUUGCGUGGCGAGGAAGACUUUGGCGCCACCCCAGAGGGCCGCGACCGUCGCGCUGCAGGCCGUAACCGUGACGACGACGAGGAGUUGCAGCGCGCCAUCCAGGCGAGCAUGGACUCGACGGCGGACGACGACCGCCGCCGUUCGCAGCGUGUCAAGGAGGACGACGAUCUGCAAAAGGCCAUCAAGUUGAGCGAGGAGGAGGACGCCAAGCGCAAGCAGGAGCAGGAGGACGCCAACGCCACAGCGCUGUUUGACGACUCGUUGCAACUCAACUCGAACAGCCAGUACGGCCAGCAGCAGCAGCAGCCCAUGGGCAUGAUGGGCACCGGGUACCCAUUGGUCGACAUGUCCAACAACGGCUGGAACCAGGGCCUCCAGCCCCAGUUCACCUCGUACAACCCCUUCCACGCCCAGAUGCUCGCCCAGCAGCAGCAGGAAGAGUACAUGCGCCAACAGCAACAGCAGCAGAUGAUGCAGCAGCAACAGCAGCAACAGCAACUCCUCCAGCAGCAACAGCAGGAGGAGUACAUGCGCCAGCAGCAGAUGAUGGCUCAGCAGCAGACCGGUCUCUUUGCCCAGCCCACGGGCUACGGCUCCAACAACCCCUUCGCGCCCCGCCCCACCGGCGGCAGCCUGUUCGACAGCCAGCCCUCGUCGGCCAACAACUCGUCCUUCCUCCCCGUCCCCUCCAUGCAGACCAACACGCAGAACACGUCCGUGUUCGGGACCUCCCCUUCGUCCAUGCCGUCUUCCCUCGGCCAGAGCCCCUCCCCGCAGGCGGGCACCCCCGCGCAGCGCCCAGUCGCGGCACGGCAGCAGAGCGACGGCGCCAACGCCCACCUCGCCAACCUCAUCGGCCGCGGCCGCGAGGACGGUCUCGAUACGUUUGGAAACAUGGGUACCCUCCGUGUUCCCGUCGGCACGGGCUUCGCGUCCACCGGCACCCUCGGCGCCAACAACCCCUUUGGCAGGCCGCAGAUGACCGGCCAGCAGAUGACCGGUGCGGGCGGCGCCGCCCAGCUCCAGCAGCAGACGGGGCAGCAGCAGCAGCGGCCGACCGACCAGCCCUUCUUCCAGAUCUAG